CCGCCUAUCAUCGGUGAAUUCAACAUGGCACUGCUGAUGAAUUACUGGAUGUGUUUGGUGGCUCUUUCAUCCACGUUGAUCUCCAGCCAUGCAUUGAGAAGAAUCUCCCUGAAGAAGAUGCCGUCUAUCAGAGAGACGCUGAGCGAGAUGGGUGUUUCUGCAGAGCAGGUCUUGACUGAGUUGGCCCAGAAGAGCACAGGCGACAACGACAACAACAACGGGACUGUUCCCACUCCUCUAACCAACUACUUGGAUACUCAAUACUUUGGGGAAAUCAGUAUCGGCUCUCCAGCCCAGAUGUUCAACGUGGUGUUUGACACGGGCUCAGCAAACCUGUGGGUGCCUUCCCAAAGCUGCUCACCUUUCUCCACUGCCUGUUUUACUCACAACAGGUACGACGCCUCCAAGUCUCGGACUUACAUUGAGAACGGAACCGGAUUUUCCAUCCAGUACGCCUCUGGUAAUGUCAGGGGAUUUCUGAGUGAAGAUGUGGUUGUGGUUGGUGGCAUCCCUGUGGUGCAGGUGUUCGCUGAAGCGGCCUCUCUGUCAGCCAUGCCUUUCAUCUUCGCCAAAUUUGACGGGGUCCUGGGUAUGGGUUACCCCAACGUGGCCAUCGAUGGCAUCACUCCAGUGUUCGACCGCAUCAUGUCCCAGCAUGUCCUGAAGGAAGAGGUGUUCUCCAUCUACUACAGUAGGGAUCCAAAACACUCCCCAGGUGGAGAGCUGGUCCUGGGUGGCACCGAUCCAAACUACUACACUGGAAACUUUAAUUACUUGGAAACCAGAGAGACCGGCAAAUGGGAAGUUACCAUGAAAGGUGUUUCCGUUGGGAUGGAGAUGAGUUUUUGUGCAGAGGGCUGCACAGCUGUUAUCGACACAGGCUCCUCCUACAUCACAGGCCCCGCCUCCUCAGUGUCGGCGUUAAUGAAAACCAUCGGAGCACAGCUGGAUGAAAGCGGAUACAAAGUCAACUGUGACUCUGUCAAGACGUUGCCAAGCGUCACUUUCCACCUGGGUGGCCAUGAAUACUCCCUCACCCACGAGGAUUACAUCCUAUGGCAAUCACAGACCGAAGGGGACGUCUGCACCGUCACCUUCAGGGGCUUGGAUGUGCCGCCCCCUACAGGUCCCAUCUGGAUUUUGGGAGCCAACUUCAUUGCCCGCUACUAUACAGAGUUUGACCGCCGCAAUAAUCGGAUAGGGUUCGCCACAGCAGUCUGAGGGAGAAGUCACGUCAGCCAUGUUGCUAUGUUUGCUUUUUCUCUAUCUGUGCUGCCUUCUCCUCUCUGCACAGCCCUCCUUUUCAUGAUAACUUGUGAACAAACAACAUCUGUUUUAAAAAAGUUAAAGAAGAGUGCACAUUAAAGAUCAUCAUCCUCCACUUUCUUGCAAAUCCUGCUUUCCCAUAUUUUGUACCAGUUGCACUGAACACCUUCUCACCUUUUUGUUUAUUAUUAUUUAUAAGCAUUUUCCAGCAAAUAUGUGUGUGUGUGUGUGUGUGUGUCACUGCUUUUAAUUAUCAUACAGCAACAGUAGAAAUCUAUGUACGAGUUGUACUGACAUAACAAGAAUAAACUUGUUUACCCGGG